AUGUCUAAACAGGAUAAAUAUAUGCAGGAACUGAAAGCACAAUUACAGGCUCGAACUGAUAAUCAAAGGCCUUAUAGACGUAAAAUCAAUUUGACAUCAUGUAUACAUAAUACUGUUACGGUGAAGAUAGAGAACACGCCGGAAGGCGGGAUCGCUUACUUCCGGACAGACACAGCAUACAAUCUCGUGCAGACGACAGGUGGAACGCUAGUACAUGAGUGUAAAUUCGAAGAAUGUAACAUAAACUGGGAUGAGAAAUUCCAUGUUGUUGUUCAGAGAUAUGUUUAUAUUCAAACACAUCAUGACGUCAUUAUUUGGUUUAUAUGUAACACAGACUUUGGUGCCAUUCAGCCGCUGGAUAUAGACUUUCUAGGGAAUGAGGACAGUAAUUUUACGUUAGUGAAGUACAAACCGGAAGUGUCUUUGAUGCUUUACAAUGGAGGUGCGCGUCUUGACAGCGGAAGUGCAGUCAAACUUGGUGACGAGCUUACCAUGAUCAUGACUGUAACCAACAAUGUAAACGAUUAUUUUGACAUCAGUGCCAAAGCUUGUUAUGCAUCUGGUAUUAUCCUGCUAGAAGAUCACUGUCCUGUAGAUGAGAAUUUGUUCGGACUCUUUAAUUCAACUGCCCAUGGCUAUUUAGUUAACACAUUCGGCAUGUUUCGACCAACAAACAUUGCUGGAGGACCGACUGAAGUUGUAUUUACCUGCAUUUUGAAGGUCUGCAUGUGGAAUUGUCAGGAGGUAACUUCUGGCUAUUUUUACUUAUGA